UGAACUGUGAUGCAGAGAAUCGAUUCUUUUUAGAAUCAAAAGCCAGCUCUGUCCCUGCUACUAAACUUGAAUACAUAGAAUCGACUCAUUUUAGAAUCAAAAGCCAGCACUGUCCCUGUUACUAAACUCGAAUACAAAGAAACGACUAUUUUUAGAAUCGAAAGCCAACACUGGCCCUGCUACUAAACUUGGAUUCAAAGAAUCGAUUCUUUUUAGAAUCAAAAGCCAGCACUGUCCCUGCUACUAAACUUGGAUACAAAGAAUCGACUCUUUUUAGAAUCGAAAGCCAGCACUGUCCCUGCUACUAAACUUGGAUACAAAGAAUCGACUCUUUUUAUAAUUAAUAAGAACUGCUACUGAACUGUGACACUGAGAAUCGACUCUUUUUUCAAAUCGACACCCUUCCCUGCCCUGGCUAUUGAGCUGUAAUGCAGAGAGUCGACUCCUUUUGGAAUCGAAAGCCAGCUCUACACCGGCUACUGAAUUUUACAGCAGAGAAUCGACUCUUUUUUAAAGUCAGCUUUCUCCCGGCUUCUGCACUAUGACAGAGCGAAUCGACUCUUUUUUUUCGAAUCGAAAGCCAUGCAUGCUCCGUCUUCUGGCCUUGGAUUCAGAGAGUCGACUCUUUUAGGAAUCGACACCCAGCCUUUUCCCGUUGCUACGGACGCGCAGUGAGCUUUUAUAUUGUCCUUUUUGCUGGAUGAUAUUUAACUAGCUAGUUUCUUUUAAAUAACCGCCUUUAAAUGCAGAUGACCAGCGAUUUAGCUCGUUAACUAAGUGAUCUAUGGAAAACUCCGCUGAAACACGUGUUGUUGUGGAUGGCUGAGGAAGCAUUGAAAACAUUGGAAUCAUGUUCAGGAACGAAUAUCAGGGUGGUGCCAUUGUGGAGAUCUUUAGUGCACAAGGAAAAGAUCCUGUGGCAAAAUGGAAAGUUAGUGGUGGCCUUUCAUCCAUCAGUAAAGUACUUGAUAAAGAAGUCAAAGGGUUUGUGUACAGCCUUGAGGGCAGCAGUCAGACACACAGGAUGCAGUUACCUAAGGACGGCAAGAUGCCUCUUGUCCUGAUUCAGAGGUACUUGGUCCUACAGGUGAACGUUCCUCUUGGUAAAGACUUCUCCACGGAGCUUGUCGUAACAGAUCAAGGGCACCUGAAGCGGAGGCUCUACUUCUCCACUGUACAUAAGGAGUUCUCAGCUACCCCUCUGCAUGCCAGAGUACCUCUCACCGGCCUCAGGCGGAACACUUGGUGUAACCUGUGUAUUGACCUGGGCUCAUUCACUGCUGAGCUAUUCCGAGGAGCUGCGUUCCUGUCUCUGGAUGGCAUCAUUAUCUCAGCCUGCUGUAAGGUCAAGCGCAUCUUCACCCUGAGGGCUGAACCUGCAGAUCAUGUGGACAGAGAUCUUUAUGAUAUGAGGAAUGGGCCGAAAGAAGAGAUUCCCAGGAGCUGCCAGUUCCCCCCUGAUGUUCAGCAUGUUACACAGCUUGUAAAUAUGGAGAGUCUGCGACAGCUUGAAGUGAGGAAUGUGCCUUUCAACACAGAGUCUGAGCAAGCAGGCACUGGCAGAUUGGCACACGCUCUGGGUCCUAAAACCCAGGACAGUUCCCACAUCGCGUUUGGUUCAAAGGUCACUGGUCGUCCUCCACUCACAGCAAGGAGGAGCAGUUCUUCAGCGAAUGGGGCACAGUCGAGAGCGAGGACUGACCCAGGCACUAGUAUACUGACAGGCAGAAGUGGAAAUUUACAGCCACGACCACCAACUGAAAGGGCGUCCUCUGAGAGAACAAGGUCUAGAAGGUCACCACAGAUUUAUAGUGCUGGAAGAGAGAGUUCAGUGACACGAAAUAAUGCAGGUGUACCUUAUCCAAGCCAAGAGAUAGAAGAGUCAUCUCAAAGGGUUUUUCAGCAACUGGUACAACCUGUGAUAGAGCAGGAUCCAUCAGUAGAUCGCUGUACACCAGAUCAGGCCUGGAGUUCAGAGACUCCUGGGCCAAAUCCCCGGCCUCUGCGGUGCCAGUCUCCAUCUGCUCCACUUCCCCGUCUCUGUGUGCUGCAGAACGGCAUUAAUGAAGCCAGUGACACUGAACCCCAGCUCACUGUAGGUGAAACUGAAGAUCAGGACGAAGAGGAGCUCUUCACUUUUUCCUCCCAGCCUCACUCAGCCAAGAGGGGUCAGCAUUUCUGCGACCCUUUUCUGGAUCUGACCUCUGACUUUAAAGGUGAGAGCCUGCAGGGUGAAGGAGAGCGGAAGGAGGCCCGUCUGGAGGAUGACUUCAUUGGGAGCGAAGAUGAAGAGAUGCCGAACUGCUGGAGAUCUGGAGCUGUAGAAUCCACAGUUGGAUGCCUGAGACAUGUACUAUAUGAAAGAUGCUCUCCAAUCCAGAGAUUUGCAGCACUCUCCAGUCCAGCUCCAACCACUCCACCCUGUGCUGCUCUCCAGAAAUCCACCUCCUUAUCCAGGCUCUUUACUGAGGCAGUGCAGGUCCAGGCCUCCGGUGCUGCACCUGUGUGUGUAGCUCCAACGCGCUGUCUCUCACCCAGCACCCCCAGACAGAGGAGCAGACUAGAGUGGUCUGGAGCAGAGCGCAGCAAACCUGAUGGAGAAACGAGGACAUCCAUUAGUAGAACAUCUGUUCGAGAGAUUCCCCUUGGGGACCUGAGACUUCACAAGGUGAGAGAGAGCGAGAGGAGUGUGCCUGUGGGCUCCAGCAGAUGUGAUUUGCACAAGAGAGCGGAGCAAGAAGAGGAUGAGGAAGAAGAGCUGCGAAUGUUGGCCAGUCUUAGAAGAGAGCAGCAGGAGGAGGCGGAUGGCACAAGCAGCCCUGGCCUCAGCGCCUCACAAGUUGACCAGUGCAAUGUCAGUCUGAGUAUGAGCAGCGACGACACCUCUACAUGGACCCAGUGUAUUCGUCUAGCAGCCGAACAGGGCCAGGACUACCAGAAAGAGAUGAACCCUCUCCUGCACUCUAAUCCCAGGGAAUGGAUGGACGUCCUCAGCCCUCCAAUAGUUUAUCCAUCACAGAGCAAAGAAGACAACAAAAAAGGGUCUGAGGCACGGGAGAACGGCAGGGAGGACGAGUUUCUCAGCCUGCUCUAUGAUCCCUGUCUCAACUGCUACUUUGAUCCUCAGACUGGGAAGUACUAUGAGCUGAUUUAAGAUCAGUGAAAUCAACGGGGCUGCUUCACAGAGCCUGACACACACAGAAAGAAAGAAAGUCACUUGUUUUAGAUGUACUGUGGCAGUGGACAUAAAAGGCACCCUUGUUUCAAAUGAUUCCAACUGUUCCAGCUUUCUUCAAGCAUUCGCCUGUUUCUGUAAAAAUAAGAAGAUUUGUAGAAAUUUUGUAUUAAAGUAUUAAGACAUUUAUAGAAUGUAUUAUUAUAUAGUGCAUUAAUUUCAUCAAAUUAAUAUAAAAUAAACAAUACUACCCCA